CCGUGCGUGUGACGCCAUCAGCUGAGGGUGUACGUGGCAGUGACGUCGGGGCCCGCCCUCUUUUCGCCUUGUUUGGCUGUUCGAUGCGGAGGCCGGUGUUCGGAGCCAGCGACGCCGAGAGCCGCUCCGGAUCCGCGGGAUUGCCACAGGUUAUGAGCCUCCAUGAAUACGAGGAAACGCCACGGCUCCCAAAACACUGAAGAAGGCGUUUACCUGGGGCCGUCCCAGACACAAGCUUUCUCUCCGCUGGGUGCCCCUCCUGCGGCAACCACUGCUGCCCCCAUCAGCCUUCCCCAACCUCAGUGGGACGCCAUGUCAUGUCAGGACCGCACCCACGAGUUCCGCUCGGCCUGCAAGUCCUUGCAAAGCAGAGAAAAUGGGCUUCACAUAAACAAGCCGGCUCAGAGUGGAGCCAUCCGGCAACGAAGUGAAUUUACUCUCAUGGCUAAGCGCAUUGGGAAAGAUCUCAGCAACACCUUUGCCAAGCUAGAAAAGCUAACAAUUUUGGCCAAACGGAAAUCGCUCUUUGACGACAAGGCGGUAGAGAUAGAGGAACUGACUUACAUCAUCAAGCAGGACAUCAACAGCCUGAACAAACAAAUCGCACAACUUCAGGAGUUUGUGAAAGCCAAAAGCAGCCUGAGCGGCAGGCAUGUGCAAACCCACUCCAACACAGUGGUGGUUUCUCUGCAGUCGAAGUUGGCUUCCAUGUCCAACGAUUUCAAGUCCGUUUUGGAGGUGCGGACGGAGAAUCUUAAGCAGCAGAAAAGUCGGCGAGAACAUUUCUCCCGUCCCCCGGUGGCCACCACGCCUUUCCCUGCAAACAACCUAGUGGGCUCCAGCAUGCUUCAGGACGAGCGUCGGUACUCAGGAGACGUGGCCAUUGACAUGGACAAUCGGACGAGUCAGCAGUUGCAAUUAAUCAAUGAACAGGAUUCGUACAUCCAGAGCCGGGCGGACACCAUGCAGAACAUCGAAUCGACCAUCGUAGAGCUGGGCUCCAUAUUUCAGCAACUGGCACACAUGGUCAAAGAACAGGAAGAGACAAUCCAGAGAAUCGACGCCAACGUGGAGGACACCCAGCUGAACGUGGAAGGCGCCCACAUGGAGAUCCUGAAGUACUUCCAGUCGGUCUCCUCCAACCGGUGGCUGAUGGUGAAGAUCUUCCUCAUCCUGAUCGUCUUCUUCAUCAUCUUCGUGGUCUUCUUCGCCUGAGGGAGGAGGAGGAGGAGGAGGAGGGGGCCUCGAACUCCCCUUUCCCCUUUCCUCCUCGUCCUUCCUGAGCCAUGACGGACACUGGACACUGCCACUUUUUGCGAAGCCGGCCCUGGCAAGAGAGCGGGCGACGGCCGCUCUCGCCUCGAGCCCACAGACGGAGACCGCCCACCCUGCCUUUCCCUUCGCUGCGGUUCCUUCGGCCCGGAAAUGAGGCUGUCUCCCCCCAUCCACCCCCGUUCUCGUUGGGAGCGCAUUUGGGACGAGGCUGGGGAGGGCCCUGCGGCAGACACCCCCCCCACACACACAAUUAUAUGGGACGUUAGUGCUGCGUUGCUCCUCCUAGCCGGGUUUUAAGAGGGGUGGACUUCAACUCCCAGAGUUCCCCAGCCAGCACGGGUCUUGAAGUCCACCCACCUUGAAGCAUGCUGGCUGUGGGGGAUUCUGGGAGUUGAAGUCCACCCCUGUUCAAGCUGCCAGGUUGAGCAGCAAUGGGCUAGUGGGACCAGUAUCUUCCUCCUUUGUUGUGUUGUAUAUUCCCUCCUCCCUCGGGUGUGCUAACCACGACCCUCUUUAUUAUUAUUAUUAUUAUUUUAUUUUUAAAACCAAGUAUAUGAGUAUUUCAGAACAGAGUCCAAACUUCUAGGCCUUCCUCCUUGGUUCCCGGCGAGGAGAGAGCUGGGUUUCUCAGGAGCAGGUGGAGCAUGGCCACACCCCAGAAGGCCGCACUCCCUCCCUCGUUUUAAGGCAUUUUAAGUUAUCUUCUUUUCGGGGAGGGGUUUUUCCCUAGCCGGGGGAGUAGACCAGGCCCUUCGUCCAGCUGCUCUCUCCCUCUGAAGACAGCCCCUCCCCACCUUACCCAGUAGGCAGGUUUUUGUAGCACAUUUGAGCCUUGCUGACCAAGUGUGUCUUCUCUAAACUAAGCUGGAAUGGCAGAUCAGUUCUUGCUGACUGUUGGAUAGGAACCCCAGUUCUUCAACCAAUUCGCAGGCUUUCCUCCUCCUCCUCCUCCCUUUCUCUUUUCCUCCUCUCCUUCUCCUCCUGCUCCCCCUCCCCUUGUCCUCUUCUUCCUCCUUUCUUCCUCCUCCCCGUCUCCUCUUCCCUUCUUCUCUUCUCCUUCUCCUCUUCCUCCCCUUCUCUUCCUCCUCCCCGAUCCCCAAGCAGAUUUGCUCUCUGCUACAGGAGCAAAGAAUCUGCGCACCUCAAACUAUUAACAUCCCCCCCUCAGUGCCUGUAAAUUUCAGCCUGGCUGAUCCCGAAAAGCUCUGGGCGCUUCAGUUCAGCAGCCUUGGGCCAGGUGAGAUUUUUCUGCCUCCCCAUCCCAGUACAGCUGUUCCACUUCCAGGUCAGCUUCAACGGUUCUUCCUCUCUCAAGAGAGCGGAGAAAGCAUUCCUGCUUUCCCCAAAGUUAAUUUUUACACUACCGGAGAUUCAUAAAACUUAUUGUUUCAUCUUCCUUUAAAAAGAAAAAAAACAGCCUAGGCUGAGGCCAUGUCACCUCUCUCUUGGCCUAGUUAUGGUGGCUGAACCGUGACUUCCUUUCCUUUCCUUUUUUUUCCUUUUCUUUUUUUUUCUUAACUAGGGAGCUGGGGUUCUCUUCCUUCCCUCCACCCACUUUGCAACAACCCUUAAUGUCCCACGGACUGUCGGUAUCUUCUUCCAUUCUGUAAAAAACUUGCUCCUCCUGAAAAGACUGUGCCAGUACCAGGGGUGGGUGAUGGGCGAUUGGCCCGCUGCAAACUGGGUGGUGGGUGGGAAGGAGCUGUUUUCUUAUUCCGAACUCCAGCAGCGAACGGUGCCAGCUCUUCCUUUGUGCUCUGAAAACUUAUUAAACGAAAAAAAAUCUACUUUAAACCAA